UACAAAACUUGAAAAAACAUAUAUAAUAUUAUAUGAUAUAUUGAUGUUAUCUAUAAUUAAGUAGGAACUUACCUUUUUUUUUUAAUUUACCAUUUAUUUUUACAAUAAGUACGAGACGUGAUAUAGGUUUAUAAGACUUAAAUGAACAAUAUUUCAGAUUUUCAGACAGUUAUUGUGUGAAGUGGCCAUCUAUUGAUGGAAUUUCAUGAAAUUUAAAAGUGGGAGUUACCUAGUCAAUUAGUAGAUCAGUAGAUCACGACACCAAUUUCGUUUUAGUCACUCGUCUUCUGGGGUUACCAGGAGGCAAGAAAAAUGGUAACAGAUAGUUAUGAGAUCAAGGGGUCACGGUGAUUUUAGGAGAUUGGAAUGCAUGUGGUUGUAGAAAAUCUUAAUGACAUAUUUUACUGCUUGAGUAGAUAGAUCUUUAUGGAGAGUAUCAUUUGAGACGUAGCACGGGUACCUACCUACCUAUUAAUAUUAUUCAUAAAGAAUUUAGAAUUAUAAACAUAAUUUUAUAAUAUACAAUGUAGGUAUGUCAUGGCAACUUGUUCGAGCAUAUUAUAAUGCGUAUUGACGUUCGGAUAAUCGACAUUCUAUUGUAGUUAUUAACUUAGUAUUAACUCUUCUUGUUGUUUCUUAUACGAUAAAAUUCUGAUAAAUUGUGUUUCACUAUUACUUUUUAUCUGUAUUCCACAGGUUAGUGACAUUUAAGUGAUAAACUUUUGGGAUUUUGUCACCCAGGGACUAUGACGUAAUAUGGUUAAAUAUUUAAUAAAAACAAAAAAUUAAUAAUUUUAUAAAUUUAAUACAAAUGUAAUUAAAAAAACAAGGUACCUAUUGAAACGAAUUUAACCUAUCUGCAGGUAUUUUCAACUAAAAUAAUAUAAGUAGGUAGGUACCUAUUAAAUACAGUCUAUUGAGUAUAGUUAGCGGAUGAUUGAUGAGUUACAUCUCACAUGUUUAAUAGAUAGGUAGGUGGUAUCUAUUUAAAUUUUAAAUUGUAUGUAAUAGGCACUAACCUAAGGUACAUUAAUCUUCAACUGUUGGUUGUCGGCAACUUAAUUGCUUAAUAUAAUAUUGAUCAAUAAGUGAGUUGGUAUAGUUUAUCAGAGUAAAAUAUGAUAUUGCACAUUAAUAUAUUUUUUUCAAGAAUACGUUAUCAUCAAAACAUAUUCAUUGUUCCCUGUACGGUAGGUUAUUACCCAUAAUGCUGUAAAUAAUGUAAAUAAUAAUAAUUAUGAUUCACUACAGUUAAGUAGUCAGUUGUAGGCUCCUACCUACUUCAUAACAUACAAUUUAUUAAUUUAAAUUUCAGUUCGUAUGGUGCCUACUAUGGUACCUAGUACAGUAGUACCUACCUAUAGGAUCAAUCCAUAUCAUUUGUUUUCUAUAUAAGUAUAAGUAGGCACCUACCUACUGAAGUCUAAACCGAACACCAUUGUGUUGCGCGUCGUAGCCCGAUAUUUAGCAAUAUCCAAUAGUAGGUAUAAUAAGCACAUUAGCGAUGGAAAGCUGGAAAAUAAUUACGUUUAAUGUCGCCGUAUAUAUGUUUUUAUUUGAAAUACGACCUCUUGAAACAUAUUUAACUGCCUAUCUUACUGGACCAGAUGGAAACGUUUCGCUUUCAGAGGUGGCUAACACGAUGGAGUCAAUCAGAUCGUAUUCAGCCCUCACUGCAACUGUAAUAAUGUUAGCCGUUUCCGAAUACUUUUACAAACCGGCCAUCAUAGCCUUCACUGCUUGUUCAUUUAUCGCUUACAUCCUCAUGUCAGGUUCACCGAGCUUGACACAUUUGCGGGUCGGUGUGGCUGGCAUAGGUGCAACAAAUAACGCCUACAUAUUAGGCUUCAGUUAUUUGUACAGUCAAAUCAGUGACAGGCAACAGUAUCAAAAGGCGACCAGUAUUGUCUCAGCUAGCUUACAGCUAGGCAUUUUCUGCGGUUCUGUACUUUCGCAAAUAAUCGUCAGCACUUCUGGAGGAAUUUAUACAAUUCUACCAUAUUGCAAUGCAUCGGCUAUGUUCUUAGCUGUAAUUUGCGCUUGUUUAUUUCCGGCGAAAAAAAAGCAUUCUUUUCGACUGGAGAAUGUGCUUAAUGAAAAUACCAGACUUCUCGAAAAGGGCUUUAAAAAUAAAACAGAAAUUCGUGAAAAAGAUAUCCUCAUAAUACAAUCUAUUAAGUACAAUAAUUCAGUGAAAAAUACCAUCAAAGGAUUACUGUUCGACUUUAAAACUUCAUAUUCGAAUAAGGUUGUUCUAAAACGCUCAAUUUGGUACAUAAUCAGUAUGGGAUCACAUUUUCAGAUCUUAACUAACAUGAAUGUAUUAUACACGUACAUCGUUAAUAGACCAGGUAAUCAUGAUGUCUUGUUAAAUGGAUACGCGGAGGCAACAAUUAGUUUGUGUGGAGCUGUGGGUGCCUAUCUAAUUGGAAAACUGCAAUUAGAUUGGGUCUAUUAUGGCGAUGCUGUUACGGCAGUUUGCUCUUCAUUCAUGGGCAUUCUUAUGAUGUCAUGUUAUUAUCACGACCAUUUGUUUUUGAUAUAUUUAUCGUAUAUUUUGUACGGUAUAGUUAGUCAAAUGGUAUUUGUUUCAAAUUUCUCCGAAAUUGCGAAACGACUGAAGAAUCAUUGUUAUUCUCUCGUUUAUGGAUUUAAUUUAUUUGGGUCUUUGUUAAUAUCCGCCUUCAUGACAAUAUUUUUCGUCCAAAUGAAUUUCUUCGAUAUUACUAUUCCCGGAAGGUUUUUGUUCAUUGGUGGUUUAGAUGUCUCUCUUGGAGUGGGAUUCUUUGUUUUAUCUUACCUCAAAAUGACUAAUCCUCGAUGAUGAACUACACUAUUUGACGUUUGUCUAUGUUAUAAUUUGGAUCGUUGUGUUUAAUAAUAUUGUUAAAUGAAGAAGUGUAUUCAAUACCAUAAAGUAUAUUGUAAUUCAUGGUAAAACAUUAUAGUUGUAGGUACUUAUACGGCUAUAUCUAUUAAUGAUUUACAUAAAUUCAAUUAAUAUUUUACUCAUAAGUUAGUAUGAUAUAGUACUAUCUUCAUAAUAAUAUGAGUAAAAAGAACUGCUUUUAACUUAUUUAUGUAUUCUAUGUGAAUUGUGAAAAAAUAAAAGAACUUGAAUUAUUUUGAUAAUAUUAGUUAUCUACAUUUUGAAAGAUGGUCGCAUUAAAUGUGACAAUAAAAAUCUGUCAGAACCAGAAGCUUUUAAUUUUUAAUUAAUUUAUAUCAGCCAUGCCAUUUCAACUAUGGCAAAGAAUACCUAUACCCAAAUUCUUAUAGUUUCUUUAGCGGAAAAUUUUUUUAAAUCUUUACAGUAUACACGGCGAGUAUAACUUUUAAAAAUAUGUCUAAAAGUUGAAUGCCCGUUCAAAAACGUUUGGGCGCUACAGCUACUGUUGGGUUGUGUUUAUUAUAGACAUAAUAUUUUGUGUAAAAAAUAAUUUAUCACCUAAUAUAAAUAUGUAUAUAAAGACUAAAAAGAGUAGUCUUUUUAAACAAGGAACCCACAUAAUUUUUUUCUAAAAUGUUAUUUUUGACAAAUUUUUGAUACCUACACAUUCUGCCAGGCUUAUCAAAAAGACAGUAACUCCAAAAUAUUAAUUUUUGGGAAAUCUUGUCUAAAAUGUUGACAAAUUUUUAAACUUGAAAAUCAUGAAACAGCUGCCCUUGAAUACUAUUCAAUUUGGAAUUGAUGUUUAAAAAUUAUUAUUUAAUUUUUUUAUAAAUCUUUAUUUCUUAUACCUUAUAAUAGACUUAUCCCUUUUCACUUUAUGUAUUUUAGUAGGUAGCUAAAACAAAUUGAGUACACAAAAAUGUUGGAGUUACUUCUUACAUGAUUAUAGAUGUUCACACAAUAAAUAAGGCUUAGGACUAAGAAUGUAGUAUCUACUUUUAUUUAUGGAGUUAAAAAUAUUAAUUGUCUUAAAAGAACAGUAUAUAAUAUUUAUAUAACAAU